CUUCGGAAACUCAGCCUUUGGAAAAGUCACUUGCAAGGAUUCGGUGGCAGCGGAGCCUUCAGUUCCUCUUCGGUUCGUUUUUCUCGGACUCAAGAUGUGGGCUGCUAAAUUCGCGAACUCCCGUUCGCCUCUCCUGUCCUCGGUGCUGUUGCUCUCGAAGGGAGCCCCAGCUUCCAGCUCGCCCUUUCACUCCUCGGCGCACCUCCAUAAGGCUAAAGUGGCUGUGGUUCUUUCUGGUUGUGGUGUUUAUGAUGGCACUGAAAUCCACGAAGCCUCUGCGAUAAUGGUUCAUUUGAGCCGAGGAGGAGCCAAUGUUGACAUGUAUGCCCCAAAUAUUUCUCAGAUGCAUGUUGUUGAUCACAGCAAAGGUCAGCCAGCUGACAGGGAAUCGAGAAACGUCUUAACAGAAUCAGCAAGAAUCGCUCGUGGGAAAAUUAACGACUUGGCUAGACUUACUGCAAGAGACUAUGAUGCGGUAGUAUUUCCUGGAGGCUUUGGAGCUGCUAAAAAUCUAUCUACCUUUUCUGUGGAUGGGAAAGACUGUAAAGUUAACAAAGAUGUUGAGCGUGUGCUGAAAGACUUCCACAAAUCAGGGAAACCCAUUGGGUUGUGCUGUAUUUCCCCUGUCUUGGCUGCAAAGGUUCUACCUGGCACUGAAGUCACUGUAGGCCAAGAACAAGAACAAGGUGGGAAGUGGCCUCAUGCUAGCACUGCUGGGGCCAUUAAAGCCAUGGGAGGAAAACACUGUGCUAAAGAUGUAACA